AUGGAAGGAACAAUGAGGUGCUCAGCGAAUUACGUCCCGCUUUCUCCGAUCAGCUUUCUCGAGAGAGCUGCUGUCGUCUUCGGCUCCAGAACCUCUGUCGUGUAUGGUGAUAUUCAGUACACGUGGCACCAAACACGUGACCGUUGCGUCCGCCUUGCAUCUGCUCUCUCUGACCUUGGUCUCUCUCGCCAUGACGUUGUGGCUGCUUUAGCGCCAAAUGUUCCUGCGUUAUGCGAGCUUUAUUUUGGAGCUCCGAUGGCUGGAGCAGUACUUUGCGUGUUGAACACGACAUUCGAUUCUCAGAUGCUUGCGAUGGCGCUGGAGAAAACGAAGCCAAAAGUAUUCUUCGUUGACUCUGAGUUCCUCUCUGUCGCUGAAGAAUCUCUCAGUCUCCUCUCAAACAUUGAAGAAAAACCUCUCAUCAUCACAAUCACAGAAAAUCCAACAGAGCAAUCAAAAUAUGAACAAUACGAGGAUUUUCUCUCCACUGGAAACCCUAAUUUCAAACCAAUACGACCAGUUGACGAAUGUGAUCCAAUCGCCCUCAACUUCACAUCUGGAACCACAUCGACUCCCAAAUGUGUCGUCUAUAGUCAUCGCGGUGCCUAUCUGAACGCAACUGCUGUUGGUGUUAUGAAUGAGAUGAAACCAAUGCCGGUUUAUCUAUGUACAGUUCCUAUGUAUCAUUGUAGCGGGUGGUGCUAUAUUUGGACAGUUACGGCUUUUGGAGGAGUCAUCGUCUGUCUCAGGGAAGUCAACGACGAAGUUAUAUUUGAUAGUAUCGUGAAGCACAAGGUAACUAACUUUGGUGGCUCGCCUCCGGUUCUCAACAUGAUUGCUAAUGCAAGAGACUCGGUCAAGAAGUCGUUUCCAUGGACCGUACAGGUUAUGAGCGGAGGAUCCUCUCCUCCUGAGGUCAUGUUGAAACUCAAGAAGCUAGGAUUCAAAGUGAUGAUGGCUUAUGGAUGCUCGGAGGUGUAUGGACUAGGAACAGCUUGUUUGUGGAUGCCCGAGUGGGAGACUCUACCUGAAGAGGAGAGUUUAAGGCUCAAGGCAAGAGAUGGUCUCAACCAUUUCGCCAAGGAAGCUGUCGAUGUAUUGGACCCAACCACCAUGAAAUCGGUUCCACACGACGGAAAGACUAUCAGGGUAAUUGCUCUCCGGGGAAAUACAGUCAUGAGCGGUUACUUCAAGGACAAGGAAGCCACUGAAGCGGCUUUUCGAGGUGGAUGGUACUGGAGUCGCGACAUGGGUGUUAUAGAUCCUGAUGGCUACAUACAAUUUAAAGAUAGGUCACAAGAUGUUAUAACAUGCGGAGGAGAAAUCGUGGGAUCAAAGGAGAUCGAAGGGAUUCUCUAUAGUCACCCGGCGGUUUAUGACGCAGGGGUCGUGGGUCGACCGGACGAAACUUUAGGAGAAUCGAUGUGUGCUUUCGUGAAGCUCAAAGAAGGAGCUGAAGCGAGAGAGGAAGAGAUCAUUGAGUUCUGCAAGAGAAAGCUUGGGAAUAAGAACAUGAAGAUGAUUCCAAAGACAGUAGUCUUCUCGGAUGUUCCUAAGACUCCCACUGGGAAGAUUCGAAAGAAUGUUCUGAGAAAGAUGGCCAAGGAUAUGGGUUAUGUUCAAUUGAGAGCUGUGGAGUAAAUGAAAUGAUAAUUUAUCAAUGCAUCUAAUAAAGUUAUAAAAAAA